AUGUACCCCUCCUCCCCGGGGAACCGCCGCAAUAGUUAUCUCAACCAAACCUCCCACCACACUCGCCAGCUUUCAACGUCGUCUGUCGCAUCAGGUGUAUCGUCUGCUUACGGCUCCAACUACUCGACUCAGUCGAUUGGUUCCAUGCCUUCUCAAGCAUCGACAAACUCGUCGGUGCCCUCCGUCUCCCGAUAUAAUACAGAUGGCGUUGUUUCUUCAUCAACAUCAUCAUAUCUCAACAAGUACAAUCUGAACAUACCAUCUUCGCCGGGGUCUGGGUCUCAUUAUACCAGCCGUCACCACCCGGAUCCGUAUUCUCCUCUCGAAAGUCCGGUUGCUAGUCCCACCGGAACGCCAACAAAAGGGGGGCACUACACAAGGAAUCUUGGUGUGUCACAAACACCAGAAUCUGCUGCUCGGAGGCUGGAUUUUUCAUCAAAUAAUACUACACCUCGCGGAAGUGAUAUCCAAGGUUAUUACACGCCAUCGGCGACCCCAACUACCGAUCAAGCUUUGUCGAAUGCCAUUUCAGAGAUUACUUUGUCGGAGAGAGAUCCUUCAACUCGAAGAAUGUCUCAGCGGCCGACUAGCAUGAUUCUUACUGGCGCAUCUGGCGUUGCGACUUCUGCCGACUUGAAGGCUUUGAAAAAUUCAUCUGUUAGCCAUCUUCGGACCCUUUCCGAGACUGGUGAACAAAUCGUUGCUGCAACUAAGGCUCACGAUGUCGUCGGACUUCAUGGUAGAAAGGCUUUCAAGAAAAUGAACAUUAAUGAUGGUAGAAAUAACUGGUCCUCUGUCACUUGGAUGGAUGCUCAGAGAAAGUACUUGAAAGCUUACGAAUACCUCUGUCAUAUCGGUGAAGCAAAAGAAUGGAUCGAGCGUUGUAUCGACGAGGAGAUCCCUCCAAUUAUCGAACUGGAAAAUUAUCUUCGAAAUGGAAUAACUCUCGCCCGAGUCACUCAAGUCUUCGCGCCGGAAUUGGUUCCACGUAUAUUUACUGACCCCAAACUUCAAUACCGCCAUACAGACAAUAUUGUUCGGUUCUUCAAGUUUAUCAGACGCGUCGAAUUACCCGAGGUCUUUUACUUUGAACUUACCGAUCUUUACGACAAGAAGAAUAUCCCAAAGGUCAUCUAUUGUAUCCACGCCCUAAGUUACUUGCUGUUGAGACUGGGCUUUACGGACUUUUCGAUUGGGAAUCUUGUUGGCCAACUCGAGUUUACAGAAGAAGAACUACAUAGCACUCAACGGGGACUGGACCAGGCUGGAGUAUCCUUGCCAAGUUUCAGGGGUGUCGGGAAGCAUUUCGACGAAGAACCUCAGGAAACCGAAGAAGAACGAAUUCAGCGAGAACUCGAAGAGGUAGAGAGUGAAGUGAUACAACUCCAAUCGGCCGUCCGUGGGGCACUGAUCAGAGUUGCCCUAGGGUGGAUGAUGGACGACUUGUGGUCUUGUGAACCCGAAGUUUUGGAUCUCCAGUCCCGAAUCCGUGGAAUGUUCGCUAGAGAGAGCUUUGCUUAUACUUUUGAGAUGAGCGGCUGGGCUUCUGAUAUGCAGGCUCUUGUCCGGGGUCUUUUGAUCAGAAAAGCUAUGGAAGAUAAGAAGCGAUCGCUCAAGAGGAAUUCCAAAUUGUUUGCAAAGUUGCAGGCUAUACAGCGUGGUCAGCAAGUUCGUGAAGGUCUCGCACAGCAGAGGAAAAAGUUGGAGCAAGCGGCUCCAGCCGUUACCAAAUUACAAUCAGCGAUCCGCGGCGCUUUGUUUAGAAAUGACCUCGGUGCACACAUGGACGAUAUCUACGAAGGCGAAGCCGAUGUUUCCGGAUUGCAAGCCCAGAUCCGAGGCAUGCUUACUCGCAAGGUGCUCGCCGACCAAGAAGCCGAAUUACAACAAGCCAAUAAGCAAAUCGCUAAACUCCAAGCUAUUGCUCGAGGAGUGAUGUACAGGAGCCGAAAAGCUAGCGUUAUGAACAAGCUGCAAGCAAAACCUGGGUCUUGGGAAGCGAUUCAAGCUCGUGCCCGGGGUAUACUGUACCGCCGAAAGCAUGCCGAGCUCAAGAGACGACUACAAACCGCCUUACCGAGUAUCAUCAAGUUUCAGGCAGCCAUCCGUGGUGCAUCGGUUCGACACGAAAUCAUGGGCCACCAAGACGAGCUUUACGACGAAGAAGAACCUGUGGUGGAUUUGCAGAGUAGCAUCAGGGGUAUGCUCACCCGUAAGGCACAUCAGGCCAAACUUACCGCUCUCAAUGCCCAAGUCAGCAAGAUCACCGAGCUUCAGGCUCGUGGCAGAGGUGCACUUAUGAGAGGAACCAAGAAUGUCUUUGUUGCCGAGAUGAUCACUCACCACGAGGAAGAAGUUACCGGGCUCCAAGCUUGCAUUCGAGCAGCUCUGGCACGAAAGGCUGUUCGUCAUACUGUCGAGGCUGUCAUUGAUGAAGAGCCUGAAAUCGUCGAUGUCCAAUCCCUCAUCCGAGGAGCGCUCCAGCGUAAGGUCUUCCACGGAAAGCUCCAGCAUUAUAGGCAAAAUAUGGACAAAGUUAUCAAGCUCCAGAGCUUUGUCAGGGCCAAACAGCAGGGUGAAGCUUACCGAAGUUUGAUGUCCGGCAAGAACCCGCCCGUCGGAACCGUCAAAAACUUCGUUCAUCUUCUCAACGACAGUGACUUUGACUUCGACGAGGAGAUGGAGUUCGAAUCAAAACGCAAGACCGUUGUUCAGCACAUUCGACAGAACGAACUACAAGAACAAUACAUUGAGCAACUCGACGUCAAGAUUGGUCUCUUGAUCCGCAACAAGAUCACAUUGGACGAAGUCAUCAAGUAUCAAAAACUCGGAGGGAAUCAUGGUAUUCUGCUCGGAAACACUGAACUGGGAUCCUCCGACCCGUUCGACCUCAAGGCCCUCAACAAGAACUCACGAAGGAAGCUCGAGCUCUACCAAAUCCUCUUCUUUGCACUUCAGACCCAGCCCGUCUAUUUGUCUCGCAUGUUCCAACGUGUGCGCCAAGUUGGGACCGCUGAAAAGGAUUUGAAGAGACUUGAAAACUUGAUAAUAGGCUUAUUUGGUUAUGCUCAGAAGAGGCGAGAAGAGUACUACCUGCUCAAGCUCAUCGCUAAGAGCAUACGGGAUGAAUUGGAUGCAUCACAAGAACCACAAGACUAUCUCCGUGGAAACUUCUUCUGGAGUAGACUAGUUGUUAACUACAUCCGCUCACCACGGGACCGAAAAUACAUGCGUGACUUUUUAGGACCUAUCCUUAAGGGACGGGUUGUUGAUAACGACGCGCUUGACCUCGAAAGUAACCCACUUCAAAUAUACAUGAGUUCCAUCAACAACGAAGAGCUGAGCACGGGAAGGAAGAGUCAAAGACGCAGGGAUAUUACUCCAGAGGAAGCAAUUCGAGAUCCUGAUACAAGGAAGGAGUUUGUGCAGCAUCUCGAGGAAUUACGCGACCUCUGCGAUAGCAUCCUUGAUGCGAUUGAGGAAAAUGCUGCCAGGUUGCCCUAUGGUGUGCGACAUCUUGCACAAGUUUCACAUGAUGCUCUUCUCUUGAAGUUCCCACAAGAGCACCCAGAUGGCAUUAUGCAGGUCGUUGUUCACUUCUUCUUCCUCAAAUACUUCAACCCAGUUAUUUUGAGCCCGGAAACUUUUGGAAUCAUUGAUAGGAGCCUUGCCCCCGCGCAGAAAAAGAACCUAACAAUUCUGAGCAAAGUGCUCAGCAACAUUAGUGCUGGAAAGCUGUUCUCGCAUGGUGAAGAUGUUUAUUUGCAACCCAUGAACAACUAUAUGAAUGAAGCUAUCGGGCGGCUCUUGUCUAUCUUCAGAAACAUUAUCCAAGUGCCCAACGCAGAGAAGCAAUUCGACAUGGACGAGUUUGAUGACCUAACUUCCCGACAGAAGCCGACAUUAUUCAUCAAGAUGGUCGAUAUCUUUGCUCUUCACGCAAUGGUAUCCCGGGAGAUGGAUUUCAUGGCGCCUGAGCGAGAGGAUCCUCUCAGGGACCUUGUCAGGGAGCUCGGUAAUGUUAAGAAUACGGAAAUGGAGUUGGCGAGUGUUUCUAGCAGCGAAAUCUGCCUUACUCUAGAUCCAAGGCUCAGCAAAGUCGAAGACCCCGAGAGCAACAUCAAGGCCCUGUUCACCGAGACCAAGAGAUGUGUUCUGUACAUCAUAAGGGUUCAAACAGGCACGGACCUCAUGGACAUCCUCGUCAAGCCAGUUACAGAUGAAGAUGAAUAUAAGUGGCAACAAGUCAUCGCUGAAGAUGCCGCCGACACUCGAAAGCGCGCCGCCUACUCUGACCAUAUGCCAACCCACCACACAUUGAGCGAUAUCAGUCUAAUGACUUAUAGCGAAUUGAAGAAAACGGCAUUGGAGAAUGUGUUGAAGCUGGAGAAGACCGGCAAGAUCACAAGGAAGAACCAAUUCCAGGACCUUCUAAAUGCUAUUGCGAUUGAUAUCCGGACAAAACAUAGGAGAAGGGUGCAGCGCCAGCGAGAGUUAGAUGGUGUCAAGCAAACUUUGAGCCACUUAGGCGAGAAGGCGAGGUUCUUAGACGACAAGUUGCAGAGUUACAACGACUAUAUUGAGCAAGCUAUGUUGACAUUGCAAACAAAGAAGGGGAAGAAGAAGACUAUAUUGCCUUUCACGAAGCAGUACUUCCAUCUCAAAGAACUCCAACGCUCCGGCCGGGUGCCGAAGUUCGGCAGCUACAAGUACAGCGCACAUAACCUAGUCGAGAAAGGUGUCCUAGUCUCGAUGGAGGGUUAUCAUCAUUACGAUAAGAUUAACUUCACCCUCAGCUCUGACGAAGUCGGGGUUUUCCUUAUCGAAGUUAGCCAGGGUGCUAUGAUGCUUCCCGGCGGCAGCGCAAAAAUCCCAUUGGAUGAUUUGUUGCAGGCACAAUAUAACAAUCAUCAAUUCAUGACCUUGUUUGAGGGCAUGUGUAAGUUGAAUGUGAAUCUGUUCUUGCAUCUUCUGUUCAAGAAGUUCUAUAAGGAUGGCUGA